GCUUUUAUCACCCCAACAAGCCGAUUCAUUCAGCAACAACAAGCAACUGAUUUUGAGCAGUACAUAUGGAGCAUCUUCCCUCGUUUUCUACAGAAGAAACUGGAUUGUUCUUUGGACAGCAUAGACAGCAAUUGCAAGAGAGUUCAGCUGAUGUGAGUCCUGAACAAUCACCAACAAAUCAAACAGUCAGGCUUUUCCCUCGGAAGAAAAAGGGUUGUACCUCCCCUAACGUCCGCGAGCUUGUUGUUGACAAGGAUACGCUCAACAUGUAUAUCCAUCUACCACAGGCUGAAGCAGCACACAAGCUGGGCAUCUCAUUGUCCGCACUGAAGUCAGUGUGUAGAAGAGUCGGUCUUUCGCGAUGGCCAUACAAGCGUCAGUAUACUCUGAUUUCAUCGAGCAGUGACUCAGAAGUUAUGGAUUUCUCAUUGUUCGAAGAGGCCUUGAUGCACGUAGAAGGAAAUUUAUCACGCCGUUGUGGCAAAUAUCAGCGCAGAUCCUCCCUUCCAGAAGAGAUGUCUGCCUCAAGCUGCUAGAUUUAUUGUGUUCAUUGAAAUAUAUACAUCAAUAGAUUCCAAGUCAC